AAAUGAUGUCCAACCACGAUUGAGUAGUGAGCACGUAUCUGGAGAUUGCGAUUAGCAUCUAGGCUGCUGGCAGCAUCCGUGGGCUCAUUGGCAUUGAUCUAUCCUGAGUUUGCGCUUUGUAAUUGGCCGCACCGAUCCGCCCGCUGUAUCAAACCAUUGUCUCGACCGGGCCUUACCAAUCAAUUCACCAUGUCUCUUCCCUCGGCCGCCUCCAGCUCAUCGACGACUUUGCUACAACCUCCGUCCCCAUUUCAAUUCGAUCCUGUCACCGAUGCCAUCGAGGCGAUCGCCCGCGGAGAAUUUGUCGUCAUCAUGGAUGACGAGAGUAGAGAGAACGAAGGCGAUAUAGUAUGUGCCGCUGGAAAGUUGACAACAGAAGGCAUGGCUUGGAUGAUUCACUGGACGAGCGGCUUCAUCUGCGUCUCAUUACCACCUGACCGACUACAAGCUCUCAACCUACCGCCCCUCCUCCCUCCCUCCGGUAAAUCUCAAGAUCCAAAAGGAACAGCUUAUCACUUGACGAUUGAUUCAAAUGCUGCGAAGCAUCCAACGACGACGGGUAUCUCAGCGCACGAUCGGGCGCAUACCAUCCGCUUAUUGAGUGAUCCUUUGACCUCUGAAGAAGACUUUACGAGGCCAGGUCAUGUCGUCCCUCUGAGGUAUACGACGGGAGGCGUGAGCAAGCGUAGAGGCCAUACAGAGGCCACAGUGGACCUGUGCUACCUUGCUGGAUUGGAACCUGCUGGAGUUUUAUGCGAGUUGGUCAAUCCAGACGAUCCUGCUGGGUCCAUGGCAAAACGGGACGAUUGUUGGCGAUUCGCCAGGAACUGGGGACUCAAAUUGAUCAGUAUAGAAGACUUGUCGGAAUACGUCAAGAUGCAUGGGGCAGGCAGAAUACCAGGGGUGGAUGGAUCAAAGCGGGCGAACGGUGUAUAGUGUCAUGUUGCGGCUCUGCUAGCAAUUUCAUGAAGGGGGCAAGGGUAUAUAUCACCUUAUAUGCAUGGUCUGACGUGGC